AUGUACUUAAUCUGGGUGUGGGUGGCGCUCGUGGCGGCGGCGUUCAACGUCAGUGCCCCCGAGCUCGAGCUUGUCGAGCUGAUUGCCCACCACAACUUCAGUCUCUACCUCCCCGCCAUCACCGAGUUGUUUGUGGAAGAGGCUGAUCUUGAAGAUAUAUGGACAGAGCUAGAAGUCGACCCUGCCCAGGCCGCCGAGAUUGAGGCUGACGCCGCCGAAGGCAAAUUCAGUGCUGACAUUGAGGAUGCCCACAACCGCUACCAACUGAUCCUCAACGAGGUCGAGUGGAAUGACGACACCUUCGGCAACCCCAUCGCCACCACCAACUGGGUGUGGUACCACGGGCGCGUGUUGUCGUACGACGAUCUUUUCGCAAUCAAGACCAGUGCCCACUCGGAGCUGGUGGAAGAGUAUGACCGAGUCAUCGGCGAUACAGGUCCGGUGAUGAUCUUUUACGGCGAUUACACUUCCGACGACUUCCCCUUGUGGCUCUCAAACCUCGUCGAGAACGCUAACCUGGGCAAAUUGCGGUUUGUCUGGCGCUACAUCGUAUAG